UUUAAGCUUCUCUCUCUCUCUCUCUCUCUCUCUCUCUCUCUCUCAUUCUGCCAUUUUUAAUGCUCCAAGUACUUCUUCUCUACCGCCUGAAGAACUCCAUUCCUCACUGCAUUCUUCUCUCUGAAACGAACCUUUUGGUCAAUUUUUGUACCCUUUUCGUUAGAUCUGUGUUUUGUGCUCUUUUUGAUUCGUUCUGGCUGUUUUUGGUUGCGAACUUGCGAUUUGAAAAUGGGAUCUGUUUGCUGAGAGGUAUUUCGUGGAUUAGAACAUGGAGGUUGAGAAGAAACGCUCCAAAGGAGGAUUUCUUAACUUGUUUGAUUGGAAUGGCAAAUCUCGGAAAAGGCUGUUCUCAAGCAGUAAUGAGUUAUCUGGAUUGAAGCAAGGAAAAGAAAAUGUCGACAACUUGUCAAAAUCACAGCUCUUUCAGUUAGAGGCAAGUGAAGAUAGAGCAAGUUCUAGUUAUAAAUUAAACGAUGAUUGGGAUUUUUCUUUGACCAAAACCAGUGAAGAAAAAUCUGGGGGCCGAGUUCCCAGUGUAGUUGCUAGACUUAUGGGGUUAGAUUCAUUGCCUUCUAACGCUCCCGAGCCUUGUUCUACCUCAUUUUUCGAAUCCCGCUCCGUCCGGGCGUCUCAUCAUGAUAACUCUAAUGGAGUAUGGAACAGUCAUUCUAUGGAUUAUAUUGGUAUGCCCAACAAACUAGAGAGGUUUUCUGGGAAUCUCUUAGAUUUCAGGGCGCAAAAAGUACCCAAGAGUCCUAUUGAGAGAUUUCAAACUGAAGUGUUGCCUCCCAAGUCUGCUAAAUCUAUACCUAUAACUCAUCAUAAGUUGUUGUCUCCUAUCAAGAGCCCUGGGUUUACUCCAACAAUGAACACAGGUUACUUAAUGGAGGCAGCUACCAAGAUAAUCGAGGCAAGUCCAAGGAAACCCCUGAAGAGUAAAAUGCCAUCUAUUACCAAUUCCUCAGCGCCCUUGAGAAUCCGGGUUUUGAAAGAGAAUUUGGAAACGGCACACAAGUCUACAGGAAUAAAAAAACCAACAGAAAAUCGAAAAGGGAAGGCUAGUGAACAGAAUUAUAGUGGAUCUGAACAACUUCUAGCGUCAAGGACUGAUUCCAUUGGAGGUGGUAGAAUUAACUCCAACACUUCAAAAGAUAAAGGAAGACCAGCUUCCGUUGCAGGGCAAGCUAGAGCUAAUGUUCAUAGUAGAGGGGAAUCAACUUCUUGUAGUGACAGGAGUUCAAUGGAUCGAAAAGAGCAUAAUGAAGUGAAAUCGAGACAACUUUUCGGGAGCCAGCCCAGCUUGCAAAAACCAAUGCAGAAGAGAACCGUGAAGAGAAAUAACAAUGUUCUUGCACAAAACAAUCAGAAGCAGAAUUCUUUACCCAACAAAGAAAAAUUGCCUUCAAAACCUUCAAAGGUUUUGAAUCAACCUGUCAAAAGGAUUCAGUCUGCUAGCAAAUCUGUAAAUAAGGAUGUUGUCAACUCCGAAGUUGAAUCGAAAAUCACACGCACGAGAGAAGCUGAUGGGAAAGAAGAUUUUGCACCUUCCAAGAAAAAUGUUGCCUCACGGAAGAAAAAAUCUGUCAGUCAGGAUGCUAGUAGUGAAGGAAGUUGUUCUGUGUCUAAUGCUUUGAUCAACGAUGGUGAGAGAUCUGUCAAAUAUAAUAUUGCAUUUGAUGGUUCAACGAACUGUGAUGAAAACAGGAAGCUGGGAAUGGACAUUGUUUCUUUUACAUUCACAUCCCCACUUAAGAAAUCUGUUUCUGAACCUCAUUCAGAUGAGGUUGUAAAAAUUAACCACAGCUUGGUCUUUGAUUCGUGUAGCGAGAACGAUUAUUUGCAGAACCUAUCAUCAUUUUCACCCCAUUUAAACGACGUAAAUGGUGAUGCUUUAAGUGUUCUGUUGGAGCAAAAACUUCAAGAAUUGACAUGUAGGGUUGAGCCCUCUCAAUCAUAUAUGACAGGAGAAGGCAUUUUCGCUUGUUCCGGGUCCAAUUCGCAAAAUCUUUUUGCCACUUCAGAAUAUGCCAAAAAAGAAAAUGGCAUUAGUUGUAGAUACUCAGGAAGCCCCCAUGAUUGUGACGACUUGUCAAUGGAUAGCAACGAACUGAUUGUCGAUAAAUGGCUGCAGUUUCAGGGAGCGAAAGACAUUAAAGAACCCGAAGAUAGUAACGACACUAAAACUGUUACCAUUAGUGGAUCUUCGAUUGAGGACGAGUCUUCCCCAGACGAUGGAAAUAGCAUCCAUGUUCAACAUGGUGAUACAAUCAAGUUAGAUCCAAAAAAUCUCUACUCAAGAAUGCUCGACGAGACACCGGUAUUCGACUCUGCAUCGAGCAUCGACGAGGAAGAUAAGUUUCAAACUCUUUCACCUACAAUGAUAAGUCCUAUAAAAACCCAUAGAUCAAAUGACUGGGAACUGCAGUAUGUGAGGGAAGUCCUAAGCAAAGCUGAGCUAGCAUUUGAAAACUUUACAUUAGGUGUUGUCAAUAAUCUGGAGAUUGAGGAAAACAUCAAGUGCAACGAGCUCGAACAGAAGGUUCUGCUCGACUGUGUGAACGAGUGUUUGGAACGAAAGCUGAAACAAAUAGUAAUUGGAAGUUCAAAAACUCGGGUUCCAUGGACGAAACUGUUUGAGAAUGAUUGGUUAGCAGAUGAGUUAUGGAAAGAGAUAGAGAGUUUGAAAUGCUCAGAAGAAUGGAUGGUAGAUGAGCUUGUGGAGAAGGAUAUGAGCACCACACAACACGGGAAAUGGCUCAACUUUGACAUAGAAGCAUCUGAAGAGGGGGUUCUGGUUGAGAAAUGGAUAUUAAGUUCUUUAGUUGAUGAACUGGUCAGUGAUUUGCUGAUCAUUAGGGAAGAACCAUUGACUCCCGAGAAAGGGUCNAUUGAGGACGAGUCUUCCCCAGACGAUGGAAAUAGCAUCCAUGUUCAACAUGGUGAUACAAUCAAGUUAGAUCCAAAAAAUCUCUACUCAAGAAUGCUCGACGAGACACCGGUAUUCGACUCUGCAUCGAGCAUCGACGAGGAAGAUAAGUUUCAAACUCUUUCACCUACAAUGAUAAGUCCUAUAAAAACCCAUAGAUCAAAUGACUGGGAACUGCAGUAUGUGAGGGAAGUCCUAAGCAAAGCUGAGCUAGCAUUUGAAAACUUUACAUUAGGUGUUGUCAAUAAUCUGGAGAUUGAGGAAAACAUCAAGUGCAACGAGCUCGAACAGAAGGUUCUGCUCGACUGUGUGAACGAGUGUUUGGAACGAAAGCUGAAACAAAUAGUAAUUGGAAGUUCAAAAACUCGGGUUCCAUGGACGAAACUGUUUGAGAAUGAUUGGUUAGCAGAUGAGUUAUGGAAAGAGAUAGAGAGUUUGAAAUGCUCAGAAGAAUGGAUGGUAGAUGAGCUUGUGGAGAAGGAUAUGAGCACCACACAACACGGGAAAUGGCUCAACUUUGACAUAGAAGCAUCUGAAGAGGGGGUUCUGGUUGAGAAAUGGAUAUUAAGUUCUUUAGUUGAUGAACUGGUCAGUGAUUUGCUGAUCAUUAGGGAAGAAGCUUAAUCUUUUUCUUGUUCUGUUUCUUUUUUGGAUAUGAACAUAAGUUAUUGAUGAUGUAAAGUGAUCAGAUGGUGAGUUUCUUUAAUGAUUCUUUUAAUUUCCUUCUUGGAAAUGAAAACUCUUGUCAUACUGAUUGUCCUUCAUGUAUUGUAGAGCUGCUGCUGGUACCCAUGGAUUGGCAGACAUAUAAUGCAGGGGAAGCUCUGAUAUCUACCUUCAACUA